GAAAGACAUGGUGUGUAUGCAAAGCCAGCUCAUCAAAAAGAGGGGAAAUCAAGUGUGCUUCAUUUGGAAGCUAUCUUUAUGUUGUGAAACAAUUUGUUGUAAACGAUGGUGUUCGAACACCUGUUGUUAUAUUACAGUUUGCUAAGAUCAAGACAUUCAAGGGUAUGCCAAGAAUUAUUUUCUUUAGAUGGUUGGCUCUUCAUGGCAUCGAGGCGGACAUGCCAUUGGCUGAAUCGGAAGAUGAUGAUGAUGUUCACAUACUAACUCAAGAGGAGGAGUUUUUAACUCUUUAUCCUAGGAAGGAUCUGAAAGAGCUCAAUGAGACUGAGGAGGAUGGUGUGUUUACGGUUGUAGCACGAGUUACUAGCCUUGCUGAAGGGGAGAAGUGGUGGUACUCUGCAUGCAGUUGCCACAAGGCAGUAACAACUGAGGAUGGAACAUUUUACUGUUCUGGAUGCCGCAAACCUUUACUGUCCGUAACUCCUAGGCUCAAACUAAAGGUAGAAGUUGAGGAUGCCUUUGAUUGUGGUACAUUUGUCAUAUUUGGCACUGAUUGCCAACUACUUCUUAACAAAUCAUGCAAAGAGUUGGUCAUGAUCUCAAAGGCGAAGUCUCCAUAUGAAUACCCGGCUGAGAUUGAGACUAUCAUUGGUAGAGAACUCUUAUUCAAAGCUGAGAAGUCAAUUGGCCAUGGGACCAAGUUUGAUGAUUCGUACAAGGUUAAGAAAAUAUGUUCCUAAUUCGCUGUGAUUGAGAGUUUCAAGGACAAGUCAAAGGUUCAAACCCUAAGCAAGAUGAUCACUAAGGGUAAAUUUCCAAAAUCCAGUGGUGGAACUGAUGAUACAAUUGGUGACUAUUCUGCAAAGUUGUCCGAAAUAGGACCCAAUGUUGUUUCACUUGAUGAAAUUUCCCCUCGAGAGGGAUCUGUCGCAUGCUCUUCAGUCCAAAGUGUUGGUAGUGAUGUUAGUACUACAAUGCCUGCUAAGAGAAUGAAGCUGCGUUCUGUCAAGCUGGAGAAGGAGUAGAAGUUGCAGCUUACUAAUUUUUUUAGUAUAAGUUAGUAUAUGUUAGUAAUUGAACCCAUGUUCCUAGAAGUUAGUUUUUUGUAACCUACAUGUGCCUUUAUUAUUUACUAAUGCGUAGAAUUUUUAUAUAGAUAUAUAUAUGGGGUUUGUGA